CUAGCUUGAUAACAGUGUCCUGUCCUGCUUCCAUCCACAGUGAAAACACAGCUUGUGAUCAAGACUGAUGGAGACAACAGGAGUUUGUGAGAUUGAUGUGGCGAACAGAAGAAUAGUGGGAGGCAGUGAUUCUCCCCCUGACCUGGACAGCCCGAGCCAGGAGGAGGUUGCAGAGUUUGAUUUGGGGUUGUGCUGCGCUGAAGAGGAGAGGGGGGAAACUCCAGGCAGAGAGGACAGUCCCAGUGACCUGGGGGAGGCAGAGCUUGAUCCUGGAGGAGACCCCAAGGCUGGAGAGGAAAAGGCUUUUGGGAAGGAGGUUGUUCUGUUGAUGCAGGCCUUGAACUCUCUUGCCACUCCUGAGGAGAAACUGGCUGCGUUGUGCAAGAAAUAUGCAGACCUGCUGGAGGAGAGCCGCUGCAUGCAGAAGCGACUGAAAGCCCUGCAGAAGAAGCAGUCUCAGAUUGUGAAGGAGAAGAUCCACCUGCAGGGAGAGCACAGCAAGGCCAUCCUGGCCCGCAGCAAGCUGGAGAGCCUCUGCAGGGAGCUGCAGAGACACAACAAGACGCUGAAGGAGGAGAACGCCCAGCGGUCCAGGGAGUACGAGGAGCAGCGUAAGGAGGCCAUGCUGCACUUCCAGAUGACCUUGAGCGAUAUCGAGGUGCAGAUGGAGCAGCACAGCUCCCACAACACCAAGCUGAGGCAGGAGAACAUGGAGCUGGCCGAGAAGCUCAAAAAGCUCAUCGAGCAGUAUGAGCUCAGAGAGGAGCACAUAGACAAGGUGUUCAAGCACAAGGAGCUGCAGCAGCAGCUGAUGGACGCCAAGCUGCAGAGAAUCACAGAGAUGAUGAAGGAAGUGGAGGAGAAGCAGCAGAGAGAGAGGGACUUUCUGCUGAAGGAUGCCACAGAGUCCAGACGCAAGUGUGAGCUGAUGAAGGAGCAAGAAAUGCAGCUCAAACAACAGCUCUCAUUAUACAUGGACAAGUUUGAGGAGUUUCAGAGCACUCUGGCUAAGAGCAACGAGGUCUUCACCACUUUCAGACAAGAGAUGGAAAAGAUGACCAAGAAGAUCAAGAAGCUGGAGAGGGAAACGACGCAGUGGAAGACCAAAUGGGAGAGCAACAACCAGGCCCUGCUGCAGAUGGCCGAGGAGAAAACUCUGCGUGACGGCCACUUCAAGGCCCUGCAGGGGAAACUGGAGCUGCUGGAGAGGCUGUGCAGAGCCCUGCAGAAGGAGAGGAACGACCUCAACAACCGGCUCAGCCUCCUGCAGGAGCAGGGAGACAAAGGGACCACAGCACCUCCUGAAGCCCAGCGACGGGAGCCCUCAGAGGAAGACGAGGACGAGGAGGAGGAGGAGGACGAAGAGGAGGAGGAGGUGGAGGGCUUGGCACAGGGCGGCGAGCAGGAGACAGAGGGCAUUCACCAAGCUCCCAGACCACCUGAACUGGACUCCUCAUCGGCUGCUACUAACAAAACCACUACUGCUACGACGACCAGCCAGUCGGCAGAAACACCAACCACACAGCAGGACUGAGAGAACCUACAUGGCGUGUGUGUGUGUGUGUAUGUAGGUGAGAAGGGUUUUAUAGGAGGGCUCCACACACCUCCAGCCUAGUCCCUGAACUAGCCAGACAAACCAUCGUCAAAGGAGAUAGAGAUUUCUUUUCUUUUUUUUUUUUUUUUUUAAAGUCUAGACCUGCCUCUCCAGGUUUCUACACACAGUCUGAACCCAUAUCUUUUUGUGUGAUAGUUUAAGAAGAAUAAAACGGCUGUAUCAAAGAGUCUAUUCUAAAAGUUUGCCCAUGUUUACAUCGGUUGUAAGAAUUGGCUUUGUGGCGAGCACUGCGUUUUCUACCAUAACUGUAUUUUCAUACAGAAAUUUCCAUGCAGGCUGAUUGAAGCUCUCUCUCUUCACAUGCAUCCCUCCCAUCCCUCAUUGACAAUUCUAGUUUGGUUCAUUGUAAAGUAAGGGUAAAUCACAUUUCUAAGUGUGUAUUAAUGGAAGCUGACAGUCAGAAUGUGAUUGGUAGAGCUGGAAGAGGAAACAGGACGUACUGUAGAGCGAGUGCAGAGUCAGAUUUGGGCUUAUUUGACAUCUGAAUUGCCUCUGUAUUCAACUUUUUUUUUUUUUUUUUAAAUCACAUUAUAUUUUAAAGUUUUGGCUUUUUAUUUUGUUUUGGAGCCAGAAGUGUCACAGCAGCAUUAAUCUGCACAUCCUCAUAACACAGGUGACACUGCUUUGAAGCUCGGGGGGAUGUAGAUGCUGAGUUACAACCUACAACAUGCUGGGAACACGCUAACGUCAAAGCAGCCACAAUGACCUGUCAGGCUACAACAUGCUCUGUCACUACGCUAAGCUCGUACUGUUUGCUGUGCUGAGAGGAAAGGCUGAUCUGAGGAGUAAUGUGUGAUGCAUUUGAUGGAUGGAUUGAACAGCACAGUUGUUGGGACAGCUGUUGAUAAAGGUGAAGCUGGAACAGGAAAUAACACACACACACAUCUUUACGAAAGAAGAGCUGAGAGAGAGAGAGAGAGGGUCAGAGUCUGGCUGAUCAGUGUGGAGUGGGAUUCUGUCCUAGUGUCAGAGGAUCAGUGUAGAUGACGGAGAGCUUUAGUCUGGAUGAAGCUGAUGGUAAAGCAUCUGAGUCAGUGUCUGCUGGGUGGCUGCAGUGUUCUCUUUACGUUUUUUUAAAUCCUGUCAGUGGUUUUUUGUCAUAGUAUUAUCUAAAGAGCUGUUUAGUUUUGAGAACAGUGAUAUCACCAGUAGGGCUGUCGGUAUUUCAGAAGAUCAUGUUCAAACUAAUUGGAGGUGGGCGGUCUGAGCAGGCGGCACAGGUGACGCUGUCCUCAGGUUCCUUUUGGCUGUAGAGGAAGUUUUUUUUUUUUUUUUACGUCGUCUGUGUUUUAUUUCACCAUCUUAUGUCGAAGAAUCCAAAAAUCUUUCCACACUGUUCUCCUCAGAUGCUUCAGUAUUAUCGUCCAAUCAGCACAGCCUUUCUUAUUUAUUAGCUUAGUGUACUGAUCAACAUGGCAGCAAGACGUCAAGCUGUUCUUAUGAAUUUGGAAUCAUGCCACCAUCACUGAAAUGAUGAGAAAUUCAUACAUAAAUGAUGAAAUGAUGCAUCCCUUGGAGAGACCGCUGAAAUGAUGAUACUCGGUGAAAGUCUUUGUGCUACGUGUGUCACAUCAGUAGAUUUACACCUGCACCUCAGCUCAGCUUUGUUUUGUCAGCGUGACAGGGCUGUAGAGAGGAGGAGAGCCAGGUCACCGACAGAUCGUUUAAUGUUAAGUGAUGUCUGAAAAACCACCAACUCUUUCAGUGCGUCAGGAUAAUGGGCCCCGUUUGUCUUUGAAACUUCAUACUGGAAGAAAAAAGGAGUGUGAUCUGCUUUUCUUAUGCGUUUGAAUAAAAAGAUGUUGAUGUCCGUCAGCGAUGCAUAUUCAUGGCCGUCGCAGGAGCUGACUCGUGAGCAUGAAUGCAGGGAGUCUUAUCAUUAGCUGGGUCACAUCAGAUUCUGGAUCUUGUUCCAUCAUAUUGUUGGGAUUGUUGCACCAGUGAGAAGAACCAUCUCCACCUUUCAUUUUAUUUUAUUUUUUUGUUGGGAUGUGAAGAGAAGAAUCAUCAAAGUCUGUUCACUUUCAUCUUCUCUGCUUAUUUUAAUUCCCAUUUGUGUUCUUUGGGGCAGCAUCAUCAUAACCUUUAACCCUUCAUUAACACGGGUCAAUGAGGCCCGAUAUCUCAAAUAUAGCACUUAUAAAUGUUGAUGCACAGUGAUCUGCUGACUCCUUCUAGUUCCUUUCAUUGGCUUCCUCAUUUGGAAAUUUGCAUCUUUUGUGGGUGUAAAUCACAAGACUGAUCUAAGAUCAGCAUUU